CACCCCCUCCCUUCCCCAACACCCAAAUGUUUUCCCUUACUCCUGUCACACCUACACUCUCGCCACAGCGGCUCCACCCGUCCAGCCGGCUUCAGUAGUUCACCGCCCCUCACCUGUCUCGCCCACGUUACGCCAUCAGAUUCUCUCUGGUAAUUACGUGGACUUAGCACAGCUACUUCACCCGUCCAUCAUCGACACUAGUCAGCCUAGGGAAUUGCAGACUAUUUUCGGCCCCGUGCAGCUCCGUCACCCACUUCCCUCCAGGUCCAAGGACUUGACACCGGCAGAAUUCGCCCUGGCCUUUUCGCUCUACCGUGACAUUGUGUGUUCGGCCUUUCCUGCACGUAGGGCCGAGCUCGAUGACUAUUUGUCCAUCAUUCUCGACAUGGCCCUCAGAUUCGGCGGUACCGGUUUUUACAGUUACCACGUCCACUUCGCCAAUCAAGCAGCCGGGCGCAUACAGCAGUUUAAUCAGAACACCCACUGGGGCGCUCUCGACUCUGAGCUUUACUGCCGCAUCUUCGCAGCCCGUACUUCCCUCUCCUGUGAGUUCUGCGGGGCUCCCUCUCACCCUGCCACCUCGUGCACCGUUAGCGCUCCUCCACCCAGCUCGCGCCCUCCUUCUUCACGCCACCCCUCCAUCUUCAACCGUCUGUCUCCCGCUGCACCUCCGCCUCCGAUUAUUCCCAAACCUCUGAGCUUACGCCCGGCCGCUAAUGUUCCCAUGCCAAAAGGGGUCGAUAAAAGGGGACGGCCUGUCCUCUACCAAUCCGGCAGGAUGGUAUGCAACAACUUUAACCACCUCGGCUGUAGCAUGUCCAACUGUCGCCUCCUGCACGUCUGUUCCUUCUGCGGGGGUGCCCACGCCAGGAGCACUUGCCCGCACAAUCCUACAACUCCAGCGGAUUGACUAGCACGCCACCUCGACACACCCAUUAAGGUAACGGUCCUCGCGGCAGCUUUGAAAGAUCACCCGGACAGACAGUUUGUCGAAUUUCUCCUAGAUGGUUUCUCCCGCGGUUUUCAUCCUGGCAUCGACAUUCUUCCGGACACUUCACAUUCCUGCCAUAACCUCCAGUCCGCUCUUAGGGAACCGGAUAUCAUGGACUCCCUGCUGGCUGAAGAGGUCAGGCAGGGAUUCAUGAUCGGCCCAUUCGACAGUCCCCCCUUCCCCGUGUUUCGCGUCAGCCCGUUAGGCGUGGCCACUCGGAAAUACUCCGGGAAAAAGAGGCUCAUUAUCGACCUCUCUUCCCCGCACGGUUCGCACGUCCCUAGCAUUAACAGCGUCAUUCCUGCCCCGGAUUUUUCUAUGCAGUACGCCACAAUCGACCAUGCCAUAACCCUUGUCCGUUUAGCGGGCAUCGGAGCCUGGCUCUCUAAAGCCGACAUAACCAGUGCUUUCAAGAUCCUCCCCAUCCAACCGGCUUUCUGGCGCUACUUUGGGGUACGUUGGAAGGGGGCCUAUUACUUUGCGGUGCGUCUCACCUUCGGUUGCAGAAGUAGCCCAAAGAUCUUCGACUCCCUUUCUGAGGCACUUUGCUGGGUCCUCACGAACAAUUACAGACUCCCGUACAUUCUCCACCUCCUCGACGAUUUCCUGGUGGUCACGCCGUCGUCCUCACCUCCCAAGUUCGGCCUCGUCACCCUCACGAAAGCCUUUGAGGAGCUCGGCGUGCCUCUUUCGGAGGAAAAAACCUCAGGGCCUGGCACCUCCAUCGAGUUCCUCGGCAUCACCCUAGACUCCAUCUCCCUCCAGGCAUCUCUGCCGCAGGAAAAAAUUCAGCGCAUCACUCUGAUUCUCUCCAACUAUCUCUUAGCCGAUAGGUGCACCAAACGCCAGCUGUUGGCUCUCCUCGGUCACCUGAACUACGCAAUCCGCAUAAUUCCUCAGGCCAGGUCUUUCCUCUCUAACCUCCUCACGCAAGCUGCAGCCGUCCCUUCACUUCACGACAGGAUAGUGCUGGACAACGUCUGCAAAAUGGAAAUGCGCAUGUGGCUACAUUUCCUGUCGGCAUGGAACGGCAUCUCGUUUUUCUACAACGAUUUCGUUUCCCGACCCGACGACAUUCAGUUGUACACCGACGCAGCUCCCUCUGUCGGCUUCGGCGGCUUCUACAAAGGGCGUUGGUUCGCAGCCACCUGGCCUCCGGAGUUGAAGUCUCUCGACUCCGAAUCCCGUUCUCCUUCAUCCACUCUUCACGAGCUCUACCCCGUCGUCAUAGCGGCCUUACUUUGGGGGCACGAAUGGUCAAGAAAAUCAAUUCUCAUACACUCCGAUAACACAGCAGUAGUUGAAAUCAUAAACAAGGGCCGAUCUCACUCCCCAGCCAUCAUGCCGUUUCUACGCAGACUCACAUUAAUCUCCGCCCACCAUCAGUUCAUUCUAAGAGCAGCUCACAUUCCAGGAUAUCUCAACACCAUCGCUGACGCACUCUCUCGUUUCUCUUUUCAGAAAUUCAGACAUUUGGCCCCAGAAUCCGAUCCGCAUCCAGUACCAGUCCCACCGUUUUCAGCAACGAUAUUCAGCUAGCUCCACAGCUAGCUAACCUCUCUCUCAUCUCACAAGAAACCAUCCUCAACAGUCUAGCUCCAAGCACUCUCUCCGCUUACCUCACCGGUUGGAACUGUUUCAAAUCAUAUCACUCCACAUACCAGCUGCCCUUUCCGUCUCUGGACAUCGUGUCCAUCUGCAACUUCAUCUCUCACGCUCACUCCAUUCAGAAAAUCCGGUCCACGUCCAUCCAAACCUACCUCGCCGGCGUUAACUUCUUCAUUAAACUGGUCACUGGCCUUCACUGCCCUUCCAUCUCCCAUUCCCACGUAACCAUGCUGAUCAAAGGUUUCAAAAAACAGGAACCUGCAGUCACCUCAAAGCGCCUUCCACUCACCUCGGACCUCCUUAGUCUCUGCAUUCAGUCUCUCCGUUCAGGCUACCUAACCCCUACCAUUGAUUCUACCCUGGAAUCCAUGUUCCUACUGGCUUUUUUCGGUCUCCUCAGAUGUUCCGAAUUUGCCCCUACCUCUUCCGUCUUUAAUCCUCACCAUCAUCCCAGAUUAUCCGACAUCACUGUACACACCCCAGAUUCUCUAAUAUUCACACUCCGACGCAGUAAAACCGAUCAGCUCGGGAUCUCCUUCCCAAUCUACAUCUUUCGCCUCGACUCUUAUCUCAGCCCGUUUGAACCACUUACUCAAUACAUCAGCACUAGGUUCGCAGCUCUAGCAUCUCCUCACGACCCACUCUUCAUCACCGAAACCGGAAAAAUGGCAACUCGAUUCUGGUUUCACAAACACCUGCACCAAGUCCUCCGCAUUUCAGGCAUCACCUCCGAACACUACUCAGCCCACUCAUUCCGCAUCGGUGCAGCAUCCACAGCAGCCAGGUCAGGCAUCUCCGAUAAAACCAUACAGAUCCUCGGGCGCUGGUCAUCCCAAGCAUAUCACACAUACAUUCGCAACAGUCUUAGUGAUCUGCGUCAAGCCCACGCUCAACUGAGCUCCAUCUAAUCCAACUCUUUUGGGGAUCAAGAUCAGCUCCGGCUAGGAUAACGCUGAGACGUAAUCCCCAUCCUGAGUCUCCAUCCGCUGGGCUAUACGACGCACAA